GGCAAUGACGGACAGGCAGUCCCAGAGGGGGAGCGUGAGCACGUGAGCGUGCACACUAAAGCGUCGAGCUUCACACCUCAGCAGGCCUCCGAGCAGGCAGUCCCGGGCGUGGGCGCUAUACCGGAAGCCAUCCCUAUUGUCCAGCCGCAGUUCGCGGCUAACUUCAUGAACUUCCUCUAACAGAUGGCUGCAGCUUACGUGCCACCACCGCCACCACCGCCGCCACUAGUGGCGGUGGUCACUAUCGAGAAACUCUGGAAGAAUGGAGCUGAGGAAUUCUUGGGCGAUCAGAUCGCCGACCCCAUGAUUGCCAAACGGUGGUUUGAGCGAACCAUCCGAGUGUUGGGGAACCUGAGGGUUCCACAGGAGCAGCAUGGCGACCUCGUAGUCGCAUUACUUCAGGAUUCCGCCUACGACUGGUGGAAGCGUGUGGGAGCAGGCGUCCCGGAGCCCGUGCAGUGGGCCACAUUUGACCGACUCUUCCACGAAGAGUACAUCCCUGAGCACUUCGUCGAGGCGAAGCGGGAGGAGUUUUUGAAGUUCACCCAGGGUGAACUCACACUGCCUGAGUAUCGUCAGAAGUUUGACGAGCUCGCGGGGUUUGGGCAAGACCUCGUACCGACUGUGGAGAAGCGAUGCAAACUCUUCGUGGAGGGUUUACGUCCCGACCUUUCGACCCAUCUGAUCAUUGCUCCCCGGAGUGACAUCAACGCGUUGUACAAGAAUGCGUUGGAUUUGAAUGCGGUCCUCAUCAAGAAGUCUAAGUAUGAGCAGACGCGGGGAGCGUCAACGGCACCAUCUCGUCCUCUUCCACCCCAGAAGGCGGGGACCAGCAGCAAGAGGUCCUUUGCAGCGCCGAGCAGCUCUCCCCAGAGCAAGAAGGUGAAGUCAGCCCCAGCUCAGUCAUCUGCGUCCGUACAAAAGAAGGGCAAGAGCGGAGAUGGGUUUCAUAACCCGAUUUGCGAACAUUGUGGGCGCAGGCACCCAGGGGAGUGUUGGUACACUCUUGGCUUGUGCCUUGGGUGUGGCCAGGUCGGGCAUUUCCGAAAAGAUUGUCCGAAGAAUCCGGGUAAGGCAUUCUCGACCGCACCAGCCGCUCCAGCCCCAGCAGGGCAGCCCGCCCAGAGUCAGAAGUCGGCGGCAGCAUCUAGCCAGCCCAAGCGGCAGCAUCUGGGGCAUAGGCAGGGAAGGCCCUGGCCAGUACUUACGCGAUGCGAGAGCGUACCGAGCAGCCAGCCCAUGACGUCAUCAUGGACAAUCCGGUAUUCGUGUCCAACCCAUUGGGACACAGUCUACGACUCACCAAUGUGCAUGGAUUGGCUCACCGCCAACCAAGCCGUUGUUGACUGUGGAGCUCAUACUAUUCGACUGAGAGCUGAAGACGGUAGUGACGUACUGAUCCAUGGUAAGGCGAAUGUGGUAGCCGAUGCCCUUAGUCGGAAGACUCUAGCUGUGUUACACGUCCAGCCUACAUUACAGCAGCAGAUAGCAUCAGCCCAGAGCAGCGAUGAUUUCUGUAUCCAUACUGUUGAGCUCGUCUCUCGAGGAGAGAAGCCGGAUUUCGCAGUUCGUGAGGCUGAUACAGUCACACUUGAUGAGAAUCUUACGUACGAGGAGGAGCCGGUUGAGAUUCUGGCUUGCGAAGUCCGUCAGUUGAGGAACAAAACCAUUCCGCUGGUCAAGGUUCUGUGGAGAAGUCACACCGUCGAGGAGGCGACAUGGGAGACCGAGGAAUCCAUGCGCACUCGUUAUCCACAUCUUUUCCGUGGCCAGUGAUCAGGUAAAUUUCGAGGACGAAAUUUUCUUAAGGGGUGGAUAAUUGUAACGCCCUGCAACCCGAUCUAAUAGAAUUGGUUAAUUUAAUUAAUCAAUUACUGUUCCGGAC